UAGAGAUGAGCGAUCGCUGCAAAAAGUGAAUUUAUUAUUUUCACGAAAUAAUGAAUUCUUUAAUAAUACCAGUUCUAGAUUUGAUGUCCAUUUCACAUUUGUAAUAACAAUGGCGAAAAGAAAAGCGGGCGUGAACGAUAUAAUUUAUGAAUUGGACAACGAUGAUAUCGAAUUGAGCAGUGAUGACGAAGCUAAGCAGACGAAAAUGGGACGUUUCGAAGACGAAAUCCGAAAAAAACAGCGUCUAAAUGCACAUAUUAGUGAAGAACAGGAGGUGGAAAGGUAUUCUGAAGUGAUAAAUUUGGAUUGCUCGAGCGAUGGACCUUGUGACAAGAUACCUCCAAACAAUAAUCAGAAUGGAGGGAAAACGUCGCAAACCGACGAUAACCAAAAAAGCUAUCUUAAAAAUGAAAUCACUGUUGAAGUUUCAAAGAAAAACCAAGAACAAAAUGACACUUUAAUAUUUGAUGAUCAUAAUAUUGUUGUUGAUUCUCCCUCUAACAGUGAUUUAGGUGUUGUGGGGUGCGAAAAUAGGACACCUUUGGUGACUGUGCGUUUCAAAGACAGGAAGUUUGCUCAUACAUAUAAAAAAAGGGUUAGGGAGUUUAUGAUUAAUCUUCUAAGAUCACAGAGUACUGAAAGUGAUAAUUUAUCUGGGGAUUCGGAUGUUGAACUAGAUAUUUGGCCGGAGGAGUUGUUUGAGGAGGAGUUUGAUAAAAUUGAGGAAGUUAGUAGAGAUUUACACAAAGAUGAGGCAAUUGAAGAAUUUGACAAUGUGUCUGAGGUUGAUGACAGCUUGUUCUUUGUUGACACUGCACCUUGUGAAGAAGCGCAGACUGAUGUACCAAAAUAUAGCCAAACUUCCAGCUUAAUUUCUGACAUCAUUGAAGAAGAUAUCAGCUCACCCACCACCUUCCGGAGAGGGCCAACAUGUUUUAAUUGUGAUGGAGCACAUCCACUCAAAGACUGCAAACUGCCAAGAAACCAUAAUAGGAUAGCUGCCAAGAGAAAAAACAUGCCUGCCAGAGUUGGGCGAUAUCAUGUAGAAGAUGAACAGAAAUAUGGCCAUCUAGUGCCUGGUAGGAUAUCAGGAAACUUGAGGCAUGCCCUAGGCCUCAAAAGAUAUGAAUUGCCUCUAUAUAUCUACCGCAUGAGGCUGUUGGGCUAUCCACCAGGAUGGCUUGAAGAAGCCAGGAUAUCACACUCUGGAAUAACUCUAUUUGAUUCCACUGGAAAUGCAACUCAGGAUCCUGAAGAAGAGGAUGGUGAGCUCUGUGAGCCAGGUUCCAAGGAUAAGUUUGACAUUAAAAAGAUUCUAGACUUCCCCGGUUUCAAUGUCCCUGCUAGCUCACGAUACAUUGAGGAAGCACAUUUAUACGGUCUCCCACCAAUGUCAGAGCAGGACAGCAAGAUGGAAAUGCUACAGAUGCUCGCGCCUAACGCUAUGAAGGCGUAUAAGCGCAAGAAACUCACGUUUUUCCCGUCCGCCAAUCAGAACUCUUUACAAGAGGGCCAGGCUGAAAUGGAACUUGACAGUGGAGAUGAAAUAGCGGAAUUUCCAUCCAUACCACCGCUACCCGAUGAAGAACCACCACCUCCGCCGCCGCCACCACCCACACCUCCACCACCACCGCCAACAGAAGACGCACCAGAUUUUUCUGUCAAAUCUGACAAAGGUCAAAAGACUGAUGACACUACUGGCAAAAAAAUAGAUGACAAAAACCUAGAUGCUGUCAAAGAAAAAAAAUAUUUAACAAGUAAACAAACUGAAAAAGGAAAAGUAAACUUGUUUAAGGAAAAGGCAGUAACGGUUAAAUCAAAACAUAGUUUGAACAAUGAAAAGAAAGAUGCAGCCAAAGAGAAAGCAAAUCUAACCAAUGACAUAAAAGAUAAAGUCAAAGUGACCAAUCACGACAAAGUUUUAGCUGAUAAUGAAGUUGAUUUGGCGACGUCUAGUGAUGACGAGUUGGAAGUUAUUGAGGUGAUGCAAGUCCCAGAUAUUCCGGUGCCCGAAGAUGAUCUUAUUACAAUCGACGAUGAAGAUGAUGACGACAAAUCACAGCUAAGCAGCGGACCAAAUAGCCCAAGUCUUGCUGUAUUAGAGGAGAGGAAAAAGCGAUUACUAGAUGCGCUAAAGGGAGAUGGCGAUAUUAGUAUGGAAAUGUUGGUACUUGACGAAACUUUUUCUGACAGUGUAGACGAUGAAGAGAUCUUUGAAAUUGAUGGAAAAGAGGCAGAAGAUAAGGGUACAAGUGAAACAGCAAAAGAAGGAAAUAAUACAAGUGGAAUAGAACUUGAAGAAUUAACAGCUGAAGGUGACAAUGAUUCUUUGUCUGGGAAUGAAAGGCAAGAAUCGAAAGCAAAGGAUGGUGAAAAGUCUCCAGUUAAAGUAGAAUUUGAUAAUAUAGAAAUUAAAAAUACCAUUGUAAAGACUUUAGUUGCGAAUGAAGAUAAAAGUACUGAAAUUGAAAAGACUUCAACUGUAAUUGAAGAAAAGAAUGCUAGUGUUGAAAAGUCUUCCGAUUUCAAUGAAGGAGAUAAAAGUUUAGGAUUGAGUUCAGUUCUAGAUCCAGACAAGGGUCAAAGCCAAGAUGAAAAAGACACAGCAACUAAAGAAGUUAGUACGCCAGAUUCAAAAGCAGGUAAAGUAAAGACUACCUCGUAUGGGACACCAGUUCUUAACGUUGCGUCUCCCUUUUGUAAAUUACCGAGUGACGACAAGUUCGCGAAAAACAUUUGUGACGUCAUAAACUUUGAAAAUCUUCCAAACUCGACAGGUAAGUUCAAACAAAUUAGCAGUUUGCUCAAGAGGGUCAAAUCUGCAGUAGAUAGAAUACAGGAUUCAUGAUUAGAAAAUACCACCUUUGAAUGAAGGUGGUAUAUUUUAGUAAGAAGCAACUAUGAAAGUCAAUUUUAAUUCAGCAAUAAAAAAUCUCUUCCUUAUAGAGAACCAGAGGAUGCCCGCGGCUUCGCCCGCGUGGAUUUCGGUUUUUUAAAUCCCGUAGGAACUCUUUGAUUUUCCGGGAUAAAAAGUAGCCUAUCCUAGUCCUUCCCCGGGAUGUAUCCCAAGUCUGUACCAAAUUUCAUCAAAAUUGGUUCAGCGGUUGGGCCGUGAAAACGUAGCAGACAGACAGACAGACAGAAACACUUUCGCAUUUAUAAUAUUAGUAUGGAUGGAUUAUACAUACUUUUAAGUUUUGAUGUAGAAAUAGAAACUAUUCUAGUUAACAUACAGGUAAAGUUUUCUUAAUAGUCCAGUAAUUCACAGUGUUCAUAAUUAUUAUGACGCUAAAGUUGCAUUUUUGAGUGUGCUUAAUUUGUACAUAACAUGAUAUUUUUGUACCAAAUGUUCAUAUAGUAAUUAAUAACUAUACUUUCAUGUACAAAUCAUGUUAUAUUGAAAUGUGAGAAGAAAACAGUCAUGAAAGUUUAAGUAUUUCUGAAAAAAAAAAUUGUACAUAAAUCUAUUACCUACUUUUUUAUUUGUGUCUAUUUAUUUCUUUGCCACCAAAACCGACAAAAUCAGAUUAUGUAAAUAAAACAAUCAAACUUAGUGUCACAAUUAUCUUUAUUUUUUUGCAUAAUAUACAAUUUCGAUUGCAGUUGUCAAUGUGUAAAAGCUGAAUAAUAAUUAAUCUAAGAGAUAAAAUAUCAUAAUUUUAACUCAAAACCCAACCCAAAAUAAACAAAAAUACUAAAACUAGUGGAAUAUCACAUGCUGGGCUAGACAAAAGUAGCUAGCUUUUUGUUAUACAUAAAAUAUGUGGGUAUAUAGAAACGAUACUCAUGUACUAUUGACAGAGUAGCAACUUCAUAGAAUAAGCAAAAAUGUACCUACCUACCUAGCCAGUCUACCAUUGAUAGAAAGUUGAAAUACUUUGGGGAUUGGGUCAUUUACUGACAAACUCGAGACUAGUAACACAAGCCCAGUAGUCCCAUUACUGUAUCCACGGAGAGAAGUUAGUAUAGGCCUCUCUGUUACGUAAUCCAAUACAAAUGACAAAGACAAAAACUCGGUGGGCGUCAACCAUUUUGAGUCACCAGCCAAUCACAUACGAAAGUAUGUUUUAGAAUUGAAUUUCGGAUGUUUUUUGAAAACAUGUUUGCCAUUGGUUGGCCACUCAAAAUGGUUAACGCCCACUGAGUUUUUUGUCUUCGCCAUUUGUAUGGCAUUACAUAACAGAGAGCCCUAUACUAUCUUCUCCCGUGGAUAGAGUAUAAUGUACUCACUCAAUACUAGUUACUGCAAAUCCGGCGUACGUGUAAGUUUUCUAAUGUAUGACAAAUACUUCAAAGUUUAAACCAUUUAGCCCUUUCAGUUUCUAGUUUAUUACUAGCAAAAACAAUGAUCUACCAUAUUAUAUACAGAACAGAUAACAGAACCUGUAUUGUUACUACUGUACUGAUUUUGUUUAAAUAAGGUACCAAAUUAUUUACACACUUUAAAUUUUCAAUUAUGUGUAAAUAUGUUAGCUAUAACUUAACAGAAUAAUUAAGGGCACACAACUGAAUAAACAAUUCUAAAUAUCACCCAGUUACAUUUUAAAAAUUCGUAUGAAGUAGCUACUAUGACAAAUAUCAUUAUGAUUUUAAAAUGAUAUAUUGGACAAAAUAUAAUGGCCCCUACACACCAUCAAGCUUAUCGUCAAUACUUAAUGUCUUGAUCCAAUCGACAGUUCGUAUUACACGAUCAAGUUUAUAUAGCGCACAGAAGAUACUUUAUGAAACUAUCUCAUUGUUUUGACAUUGAUCACUCCUUAGCAACAAAAAAUAGACAGUUUGCGUUUCACAAUGUUACCUACUUAUAGUGCGUUUCGUCGAAUAGUACCUAGGCGUUAUGUUGGCUCCCCUGUCUGUUGGGUGGUCAUUGGCACCAUAUUGGCAUGAGAAGACGCAGAUUUUGUUCAUUUUCAUUUGAUUUUCAUUUCAUUCAUUCAGGAAAAUAAAAAUCUGCGUCUUCUUAUGCAAAUAUGGUGCCAAUGACUUGGACAGACAGGGGAGCCAACAUAACGCCAUAGGUACUAUUCGAUGAAACACACUAUAACAUUAACAUGUCGAGCUUAUAUGAUCAAGCCUCAUGCAAAUGGAUGAUAUACUUGUUGGAGUUGGAAGUGAAGCCUACAUAAAUCAACUUUUUAAAAAAAUAUAAA